UCAGUCAACUGUCCCUUUUCUUCAGCUGUGUGUGUGUGUGUGUGACACGGCGCCGGUGGGGGGAGGUUGACGGGAUGUAGCGUAGAGCAGUGCAGCCCGUGUGACUUCAUUUCCCACACUGCACCGCGCCCCAUGAUGUUCCCAACAGCUGACAGACGGUGAAAGCCUCUGCCAGAGCUGUCGGUGGAAGAGAGUAGCCUCUCGUCGGUUGGUAGCAUACACGGACCGAAAAAAAACACAAGUCGCGGCAUUAGCUUGGACUUCGGACCCGCUUCGACAACCCCGAGGUUCGCCGUCGAGCGUCUUCUUUUAUUUAGCUCACUGAACAAAAAAAGCAGAAGAAGAAGAAGAAAAAGAAAAAGAACAAACUGCUUUUCGCAUCCUGACUCUUCCAGAUUGGGAGCUGUAGGGGGGACAAUCCGCUGUCAGCUAACUUCCCCCACGAUAAGGUCGCCACCGGACUGCUGCAUAUGUUGUAUUCGAGCUUAACAGUUUGACUCCAGCCACCUUCCAGCCGUGCCCGAUGCUGAGGAAUGGAUAGUGUGUCUGCUAAAGGUGGGAAGAUGGUCGAGAGUGAUGAGCAGCCGAAGAGGGAUAGUAGCGGCGGCAGCGGCGGCGGCGGUGGUGGCGCAGCGAUGGCCGCACUACAUCAAUGCGAACUCAUCCAGAAUAUGAUUGAAAUCUCCAUCUCCAGCUUACAGGGGCUACGGACCAAAUGCGCCGCGUCCAACGACCUCACACAGCAAGAGAUACGCACUUUGGAGGUGAAGCUGAUGAAAUACAUCUGUAAACAGCUGCAGUGCAAGCAGAAAGUGCCAGAGACGGAGAGGCCCGAGGCCCUGGACAGCUACCCACACUUACGGGACUGGCUACGCACCAUCAACCUGCGACCGGAGCUAAUCGAGGGAGUGGAAGCCAAGUUGUCCCUGGAUGCCUUGCUGCAGAUGACAGGUGCUCAGGUGAGGGAUACUAUGCGAAGACUAGGGUCCAGCUCAGAAGAGUGUGCCAGGCUCAGUGCUGCCCUCUCCUGUCUGAAGAGUGCAACUGAAUCGGGAGGUGAGAUGAGGGAAGAUGGCGGCCCCUGGCUGUCUGAGCCCACGAGGAGGGACAGCGGCUCUCUACUGACUGCAGACCAGCUAACCAACCUGGGCACUCCUCUCCGCCCUCACAGUCCGUCGCCUCUCGCCCGCCCAUCCACCAUCCAGUCCACCCCAUCCACCCCCUGCGCCACAUUCCCUCAUCCCCGCUCGGGGUCAGUGUCGGCGGUGCCCACGCCCGAGGCGCUGGCUUCAUACCUCCACUGCGACAGCCCUCUCACAGACCCAUUCCCGAUGUCGGCGGCUCGGGCAGCUCGGCUCCACGGAUGCACGUCCACCCCACCCAUCACUCCGCCCUCAAAGAGGCGACACCGACUGAAGCCCCCCUGCACCCCUCCGCCUCCGUCCCGCAAAGUGUUGCAUCUGCUGCCCAACAUCACUCUGACGCGCAGCAAAAGCCACGAGUCCCAGCUGGGCAACCGCAUCGAGGACCCGCCCACCAACAAGUGUGUUAAAAAGAAUAAGUUGCUCCUGAAUAUGCAAGUCAACGGGAAUGGAUGUGAGGACUCGCCUUCCCGUUACCCUGUCAUGCCUGCGCGCACCCCUGGAGUCGCCCCAGCUGCCACCACAGCAUCUUACACCCUGCCUGGCACGCCCACCCUGCUGGAAGAGCACAGCACCAUCAAGAAUAACGUAGCAGUGCAUCGCAACUCCCCGCAAGCAGUGAGGAGGGACAUAGGCCUGGCAGUCACACACAGGUUUUCCACCAAGUCCUGGCUGUCCCAGACGUGUCAGGUGUGCCAGAAGAACAUGAUGUUUGGGGUGAAGUGCAAACACUGUCGGUUAAAGUGCCACAACAAAUGCACAAAGGAAGCCCCAUCCUGCAGAAUCUCCUUUCUACCAAUCGCCAAAAUUCGGAGGACCGAGUCUGUUCCGUCCGAUAUAAACAACCCUGUGGACCGGCCGGCAGAAGCACCACAGUUUGGCACACUACCGAAGGCCAUUACGAAAAAGGAUCACCCUCCAGUGCUAAACCAGCUGGACUCCAGCAGCAAUCCGUCCUCCACCACCUCGUCCACGCCUUCCUCCCCCGCACCCUUCCAGCAGAGCAACCCCCCCAGCGCCACUCCGCCACCCAACCCCUCGCCCAAAGGCCAUCGGGACAGCCGCUUCAACUUCCCAGCUGCCUGUUACUUUCAGCAUAGACAGCAGUUUAUCUUCCCCGAUGUUUCCAGUCCUGCACAUUUGCACCCGGAUGUCCUCCAAGACACUGUCACUGAGAUAGAGCAGACGGACGACAUACAUGCUGAGCUGGUUGAGGAUGAAGAUGAAGAGGAAGGCGAGGAGGAAAUUGAGGUCGAGGAUGAAGACCCCGAAGCGGAGGAGGAGAACGAAGACGAUGAGGAGGAGAACGAUGAUGAAGGGGAAGAAGACGACGACGACGAUGACGACGGGGAGGACAUGAGGAUGAACGUGGGCUCGGACGGAGAGGUCGACGAGCUGGACGACCUGCCCAGCUCUCGAGGAAACCAAUGGAAGGGCCCCAUUUCCCGCAAGGCGAGCCAGACCAGCGUCUACCUGCAGGAGUGGGACAUCCCGUUUGAGCAGCUGGACCUCGGGGAGCUCAUAGGAAAGGGCCGCUGGGGCAAAGUGCACAAGGGCCGGUGGCACGGCGAGGUGGCCAUCCGACUCCUCGAGAUCGACGGGAACAAUCAGGACCACCUGAAGCUCUUCAAAAAGGAAGUGAUGAACUACAGACAGACCAGGCACGAGAAUGUGGUCCUCUUCAUGGGGGCCUGCAUGGCUCCACCCCACCUCGCCAUCAUCACCAGUUUCUGUAAAGGGAGGACGCUGUAUUCAGUUGUUAGAGACACUAAAAACACUUUGGAUAUUAAUAAGACGAGACAAAUCGCUCAGGAGAUUGUGAAGGGAAUGGGCUACCUGCACGCUAAAGGCAUUGUCCACAAAGACUUGAAGUCGAAGAACGUUUUCCACGACACCAAUAAAGUCGUGAUCACAGACUUCGGGCUGUUUGGGAUCUCUGGAGUUGUUCAGGAAGGGAGGCGCGAGAACAAACUGAAACUUCCACACGGCUGGAUUUGUUAUCUGGCGCCAGAGAUUGUGCGCAGGAUGAGCCCAGGUAACAACGAGGACCGCCUCCCCUUCUCCACCUCAGCAGACGUGUACGCCUUUGGCACCAUUUGGUAUGAACUUCAAGCUAGGGACUGGCCAAUCACCAACCAGCCUGUGGAAGCUACCAUCUGGCAGGUGGGGAGCGGAGAGGGCAUAAAGAAGGUCUUGACGGAGAUCAGCCUCGGCAAGGAGGUCACUGAGAUCCUCUCUGCCUGCUGGGCGUACGACCUGAGAGAGAGGCCGACCUUCACCCAGCUGGCCGACAUGCUGGAGAAGCUGCCCAAACUGAACCGCAGGCUGUCUCACCCCGGACACUUCUGGAAGUCUGCAGAGUAGGUAUCCAGACAGGGACGGACCAUGUGAAGACACUGGAUAUGUGAAAAACACAAAGAAAAAGCUGCCGUAGUUUUACUGUGGGUUUUCUGGCUCCCUGUGGUACAAGGGCUCGUAGUUUUCAGAGUAUUCCGGAGGGUUAAAGAGUCUUAUUUAUAGUUGAGAUUGAUAAAUGGAUAUUUGUUUGUUAUAUUUUUGAAAAUAAGUUAAACAGGUUUUGAAUUCAUUCAUUUUUUUUUUUCCUUUUUAUCAUCGCACAUGAUCCCAAAUACAUUCUGUCACUGCAGCGGCUCAGCUCCUCUCGUGAAAUGUGAACUUUGUUGUUUUAGAUGUCUGAAUGUGAAUUGUAAAGUUUUAAUUUAUUAACUGUCAAAAAAACAAUCCUGACUGGUUGUUGGACAGAAAUGGUGCAUUUUUUAAACAUUUUUUUGCAUACUUGUCGCUGUCAUCACAGAAUAUAAAGGACAUUGUGAGCGACAUCACAUGCUGCCGCACAGUUUGAUUGGAUUGAACACGGCAGGCAGGACAAGUUAAACAGACUAAUGAGACAGAUGUGCACUCAUGUACAGUUUGAAAUGGAGUUGUAUUCAUUUCUGUCAAACAACAGUAAUUUUGCCACUAACUGUGUGAUCACAUUAAAAAUCAUUCCUUUGUUCACGCCGACAUCGAGGAGUAGAUACGAGACAUUUUACAACAUUCCAUCUUAAAUUUUAGAGUCACUAAGUGUGAAACAAGUCCGAUUUUAAAGGAGACCUAUUAUGCUUUUUUGUUUUUUUUUCCAUUCCUUCAGUGUGUUGUAUUGGUGUGGGUGCUUGUAAAACAUCUUAAUAGUUAAAAAGUGAAUGGGAGUUCCCUUCUCCCACAGAAAACACUGAUCCUGAAACGCCUCAUCAGCAAUCGCACUCAUGACAUCACUGCGUCACUGUGUCAUAUAUUUCCAUAAUAUAUGUCUAUAUUCAUGGUAGAAAGUGAAGGGAACUGGAAGAUGAAAACACAACAGAGCCUACCGGAGACACACGGCAAGCGGUUUUGUCUCAGGCAUUCGUGAGCUGGCCAAUCAGAACAGACUGUGUAUUCUGAAGUGGGGCCUUUUUUAAAGAGACAGGAGUGUUUCAGACAGCGACACUGUCGUGGCACUACAGACACUAGAAAACUAGAAAAAAAUCAUUUUUAAGCGCUGAAUUAUGAGCCUAGAAAUCAGCAUAAUAUGUCUCCUGUUGAAUACAUACAAAAAAACGUAGAGUCUUUAGAAUUUCUGGACCUAAAAAGUCACAACAAGAGUAUAAGUCCCCCCCAAAAAAACGCAUUUAAAAUCAAACCUCACAUGUCAUCUCAUCGGUCUGUGGUAAUCCUUCAUCUUCUUUUCACACCCAGAUCAGCUUUUUUCCACUUCCUGCUGCCACACAGCAUCGCUAUGUUUUAAUUUCAUGACCUCAUCGCAGCUUUGCUCUCACGCCACGUGUUUCCCCACUUUUUUUUUAAACUCCUCAUUCAUGAUUUGCUUUUUUCCACAAAGUUCUGUCGCGUCUGCUCCGAGACCCCACACGAUCAAUCUCUCGUGGUUAAAAAUCCAGUUCUUGUUUAGAUGGAUGAUAAAAAGAAAUGGAAGCAUGCUUUUCUUCAAAAGAGAAACAUUUUGCACCAGGUCUGCUUGGUCAUAAAAUGAUUAAAAAAAAACAGAUCUUAAAACAAUGAUUCGAUUGAACUCGCACGUUUGCAAGCGAAUGUCCUUUUAACUGAUCUAAGUGUGUGUGAUAUGCUGCUGCUUUUCUUCACUGUUACUCUCACUAACCGUCUAACGUUUGUGUUUUUCCUUUGCUCUCUUUUUUCCUUUUUUCUCUCUCUUUUUUUUUUUCUCUCUAAUCUAGGUUGUAGCAGUCGCUCUGAAAACAUAAGCAAUGCAAAACAAAGCCUGGGUCUGCCUUGCAUGCUCCUGUAUCCUUAACUCUUACAGGAUUGAUCAAAGCAUUGCCGCUGCCUGAAACAGACACUGCUUCCACUAAUCCACAGUCUGAUCUUCCAUGUCUAACCGUUUUCUUGUCGGAAGGGAGGGGGGUGGGUGGAAGAGAGGGACCGGUGGAGCGAGGCGAGGAGGGGGGGGGGAGACGGCGCACCUGUCGUCCUCCACGCUCUCCCCCUCCCUCUCGUCUCAUAUCUUUGCCUUCCUCUUGGUUCUGUUCCGUAACGUCUUACGAGGGGGGAGACUCUGCGGAGGCUUGCGAAAAUAACCGGCUUGUGCUGAGACCGACCGGCGUGCUGUGGUCUGUGCCCGCCGACGGCUGUUCCCCCGUCCUCCAUCCCCCCCGCCACCCCCGUUCACCUUCUCUGUGCUGCUGUACCGUGGUCGCUCUCGCCCGGGCUCCUACCACUCUUUCCCUCAAAAAAAACACACACACAAAGAAACACACACUGCUGGACAUAAAAAUGGACCCUUACGACUAAAUCGGACCACUUCAUUUAUCUAUGUUCGCCCCCGAGGGGUUGACACACGUCUGACAGGCUGCUUGAGUGAUGUUCUCGACACCACCUGCCCUCCUCUCCUCUCCUCUCCUCUCCUCUCCUCUCCUCUCCUCUCCUCUCCUCUCCUCCCUCGCUCCUCUCUCAGUUUUUAAUGUUCGUGCGACGGCGUGUGCUGAGAUGGUCACCAGCCCAUGUCUCCACACAAUAUGCACUUUGUCAACAACGGAGGGGGGAGAAAAUAAUCAUGAACUCUUUUUUCUUUUAUUAUUAUGAUUAUUUUUUUGUUGAUGUUGUUUAGUUUGGUUUUUUUGAAUAGUCAUAUUUGCAGUGUUUUUUAUAUAUAUAUAUAUUUUUUUCUCUUUGGGAGGCUUGGACAGUGUGAAGUGCUCACUUUGUGUGUUGUCUUUGUUGGAGUGUAACCCGGUAAAUUCACUGUUUCAUUGGAUCGCAUUUGGAAAAACAGGGCACUGAUGAAGACCUUCUGUAUGGGGGUAGAAAUAAAAAAAAAAAGAAAAAGAAACAGGCGGAAAUAUUCCCCUCAUCGUUCAACAAUCUGCGUGGGAAUUGGAAUGAUGCUGGCUGUUUAUGAGUCAAGAUUUUUUAAUUAUUUUUUUUAAAUAGCAAUGUCCAUCCAUUGAAGUGUAAAGUGCACCUUAUAAAGAAUACGAGUUGUUAAGAAAGAUCCUCCUCUCGAGAAGCGAUUUCAAUUCUCUGCGCAGAAAAGAAAAAGAGAGGAAAAAAAAAAAACAGAAAUCAGGAACCUGGCGCAAAAGUGUCCUAUAUCUUCCUAAAACAUUACCUCUUGUGCGCGCUUGUGUAUACUGUUUGUGAUUGCUGGCUUCAGUUGGCGUGCUUGUAUUUAUGUGUUUGUGUGUGUGCGUGCGUGUGUGUGUGUGUGUUGGGGUGCACGUGCGACUGAGUUGAGCGUCCUGUGUUGGAACACGUGGGGUCGUUUUUUUCUCGUGAAAAAGACUGCAGUUAAAUGUCGUGUUGCAAAAAUCCAAUGGUAUGUAAUGUACAUACAUUAUUUAAUGUAUAGCAAAUGAAACCCGAUUCUUCUAAUAUUUGUACAAACGUUUUAUAUGUAAGAAAAAAAAACAAAAAAUACAUCACGACAUUUUUUGAAUAGGUACUGCUAUGGCUAUUACAGAUGUAUAUAUAUUUAUAUUUUUUUCAUGUAUAAAAAGACUGUAAAAACAAAACAAAAAAUAGCUGUACAAUUUUUUUAGAAUGGGCCAAUACAUGUUUUUUUAUGUUAUUGUAAAAAUUCAUAUUUUUGUAUUGCAUGUGAACUACCAUUCUGUACACGCAGUUUUUGUUUUCAUCCAUGGAAGACAAUAAAAUGAGGCUUGUCAUGUAACAAUAA